AUGAAGCAUACAAUCGUCCUCUGCUCUCUACUCAUCGCGCUGUCCAACGCGCAGCUCACUACUCACUCGGGAAAUGCACCAAAGAGAUUGGAAUUACCGCCUGAGUUGGAAUCUCUUAUCAAAUCUGUAGAGUUGCAGGCCAGCUCUGUUGUCGACAGUCUCCAAUCAGUUUACAGUGAAGCAGCUACUGCUGCUCCGACAGCCCUGUUGACAGGUAUUAGUGGGUUGCUGCCAACCCAUACACCCAAUCCAGCGGCUGAAAGCAGUCAGCCUGUUUCUCAAAAAAUACCCUACUUUAGCAUGACAAUUGGCUUGGUUAUCGCCACCGCUGUGUGCUGUGCUCUUGGCUAG